AUGUAUGGCACGUCUCACUCCCUCUCGACGAUGAACGGAAUGGGAGGGGAUGUCGUCGAUGGCUCGGGGACCAUCGACCCGGCGAAUUUGAACAACUCCGUCUCUGUUGUUCAGCCGGCUCUAUCCCCUGCAGAUACAAUCCCUCGUGGUGUCAAGCGUAGUCGCACUCCAGAACACAGUGGGAAUGGGCGCCCGGAUGGAGAUCAGGAUGAUGAGGAACAAAGCCGUCGCAAGCGCGGUCGUCCGCCGAAAACGCCUCGUGCAGGCCCAAAUGACCAGCCGGCUGCCAGCACUCCCCUUCAAACACCCCAAAUGCAGCCGCGCGCACUUCCCCAACAAAAUGUCACAUCACCGCCUCUUGCAUCACCUCCCGAUAAGACCACCCCGACAAAAACGCUGGUCAAAGCCCUUCCGACUGUCCGUGACCACACGUCAGACCAGUUGAAUGAACAGGGCGAUGAGUACAUCCCAAAGGAAUUCGAUGAUGCUGGUGAAACAAAGGUUGAUACCAUGGGAUACCCCCAAGGUGGCCGCGAAUAUAAAUGCCGGACGUUCCGCGUACCCAACCGAGGCACCAAACUGUUUAUGCUGGCGACCGAGUGCGCACGAGUAUUGAACUACCGGGACUCGUAUCUGCUCUUCAACAAGAACCGAUCUCUGCACAAAAUCAUCGCUUCUCAAAUUGAAAAGGACGACCUCAUUCAACAAGACAUCCUCCCAUAUUCCUACCGCUCUCGCCAAAUUGCCAUCGUGUCCGCCAGAUCCAUGUUCCGACAGUUCGGCAGCCGCGUGAUUAUCAAUGGGCGACGUGUGCGAGAUGACUACUGGGAGAGCAAGGCGAGGAAGCAAGGCUUCACAGAGGAUGACUUGGCCGGGGAGAAACGUCCGGGGUCCACCAAGGGGCGGGAUGGCAGUGCACCAGAGACUUCGAGCUCCAGUCUACUGCCAGCGCUUCCCCACAACGAUGUCAUUUACAGCAAUAUUGUCGAGCCCUUACCACCGGGGUUGUCCCUGGAUGUUACUGACACGUCCACCUCGCUCGCCCCGCUCCCCAUGAUCCAUAUGGCAACGACCGACGAUCCACGGCUACGGGAAUUCAAUACGCAACGUUCUCGCCAGGAACUUACUGGACAGCCUUACUCGGAUCGCACGCAAACAAGCUCGGCGGCCGAACUUCUCAACCAGGCCGAGCAUACCGCCAACUUUAACAAGAUCCUGGGUUCGCAGCGCAGCUUCCGCCAGAAAGGAUUGGAUGAUUUCUAUACCACUCCGCGGGAACCGCCAGAGUCGGAGCCCCAGUCUAGCACGGCUCUUGAUUCAGGUCUUUCUAUAUCACAGCCAAUUCAACCAUCUCAAAUCCCACCGGCGGGGAUGGGAGCUCCUCAUCACGCGUCGCACAUGCUUCCCCAUCAAGCUCCGAUGAUGCCCGGUCAAGCAAAUUUCCCGCCACAACCGCAUCAACAGCCCAUCGGACAGUCUCCUGUCCGAGGAAUGCCUGCGGGUAUGCCACCCAACCUUGUCCACCAGCGAUCCAAUCCAUCGAUGCCCGGUGUACCCCAAGCGCCUCCCUACGGCUACCCACCACAGCAGAUGUGGGGCCAGCCACCACCGCAGCCACAGCCGUCUCCAUUAUCGUCGGCGGGCCCGCAAGGCGUUGGGAUGCCUCAGUAUGGUCAGCAGAUGCCGACUGCCCCACAGCAGACACCCUCGCCUCUGGGGCAUCACGGCCAACAGCCCCAGCAGUCUCCUCGCAACCAGCAUCGUCCGUCCGUGCCACAAAUUCCGCAAUCCUUCCACCAAAUGCAACAUCCCCAAGCGCCACAACCUCAAGCCAUGGGCUCCAUGGGAUUCCCGGCCGGCUACCCUGGCAUGGCGCGGGCGAUGUAUCCCUCUACACAAGGCCCCGGAGGCCAGCCAUUUAUGACUGGGAAUCCUCAACAAGCGGGUAUCGCGAUGGGUAUGGGAGCAGGUGGUAUGCCCGGGUGGCCUGGCCCUGGAGCAAUGCAGCCCGGUCAACAACAGCCCGGCCAGUCUGGCAGCCCAUUCUACUAG